GCUUUUGUGCAGCAGCAGGACAACCACAUUAAGCAGCUUCUUAAAAUUGUGGAGGAUCAGCACGUACAGCUUGACAGGCAGCACAACCAAAUCAUGGAGCUGGAGGAUAAGUUAAACCACAUAGAGCUCCAGGAAAUCACUGAUAAUUCCUUUCUUGCGGAUCAAGUGGAACCAGAGGUCAUCCCCUUCGUUGUACACAACUCAACUGCUCUAACGUACAAAUUUGACGGUGCUGCUCCUGACUGCACUGCUCUCUAUAACAGUGGCAUACGCUCCAACGGUAUUUACACUAUUAAGCCCAAUGGCUCAGAAGCUUUUGAUGUCUACUGUGAAAUGAAGUUUGGCACUUCUUGGACUGUGAUUCAGAACAGAAUAGAUGGAUCACUAGAUUUCAACCAAACCUGGGACACCUAUGAACACGGUUUUGGAGAUCUCAAGGGGGAAUUCUGGCUGGGCCUGAACAAGACCUACUCCAUUACCACACAAGGGGACUACAUUUUACGGAUUGAGCUGCAGGACUGGAAAGACACGAAACGCUACAUUGAAUACGCAUUCAGCUUGGGAAGCCCUGAAACAAACUACACCCUCCGGCUCAUCCGCGUCUCCGGGAACAUCCCCAACGCGCUGCCCGAGCAGACGGAGCUGAGGUUCUCGACCGCAGACCGGGACAUGGGCACAGCCACCAACUUCAACUGUCCGGAAAACUACCUAGGUGGCUGGUGGCACAGUGAGUGUGAGGAAACCAAUCUCAAUGGGAAAUACGUCACCCCGAGACCAAGAGGAAGGCUGGACAAAGAAAAGGGCUUAUACUGGAAACCUAAGAAAGGAAGAUACUAUCUACUCAAGUCAACCAAAAUAAUGAUCCACCCAACAGAUUUGAAAGGUUUUGAUUGAAUGCUCAACUUGGUGCAUUUUAAUUCAUUGAACAUUGACUGAACAUUAAAUAUAACAUGAACCUUAUGAUGUAAUAACAAGAGCUGCAGGUCUAAACUCAUGCACUGUAGUAUGGUGUAUUCUCCAAUGA